AUGUCCAACGCAACCGCGUCGAGUACCUUGGAUGUCCUUGCUUCGGAUCCUUCCAUAACCUAUUUGCCGGCUGGUACUUGGAACACGACCAACUUUUAUGGCAAUCUGACAUAUGCAUACGGAAAUGUACAAAUCUUGUACACCUUUUCAGAGCCGGCAACGGGGAUAGAAUGGUGGGGCUCGAAGAGCGGCAGCGGGGGCAAUGCUGAAGUCUGUAUCGACUGUCCCCUCAACAGCACUAGCGGAGUUCUCGUGGACUACACCGAUCCGUCUGCAGGGAGCUAUGUCCCCGAACCCGGAAUGAUUGCGGCAUGGACGAAUCUCACGUAUGAUAUUCACAAUAUUACGAUUUACAAUAUCUACGAUCCCCAGGCCUCGAAUGGCCAAGGUGGUUAUGGUUACAUCUACUUUGAGGGCUUUGAGCUUACUGGGACAGAUGGGACGAAUGCGGGUAACGGCAAUCAGCCAUCGUUUGUGUCUGCACCUGCGACAAGCACAAGCGCGUCGGCAACAAGCUCCUCGCCCGCAACAGUCACGGUUACUGACUUUGUCACUGUCACUCCGACCGCAUCUCCCUCGGCAACCUCCAGUUCGGCAGCUAAAGUGAAUUCAAAUCGACUCGGUUUAUGUUUUGCAGUUCUUGCGAUUAUUGGAGCAGUAUGUGCGUCAUUGUAA